CAUGGUACACCCUGGACAGGUCAUGAGUCUGUCGCAGGGCUAACGCAGACAACAAUUUGCACCCACACUCAUGUCUAAGUAUCCAAUUAACCAGUACAUCCAGUAAUGUAAAUUAAGAAGUAAAAGGUUGAUCAUUUAGGUAUUUCUUCAGAAUUUACUGGAGCAAACAAAACACGAUAUUCACACCGCCUUUUCAUGGACGAGUAGGUACUGGUGUUUAAACCUGGGAUGUAAAAUCGAGUCGUAGCUUCUAUCACAGCUCUCCCCUGCACCAGCAUCACAUUAAAAAGUCUGUACAAACAGUAGGAAGUUAUAUUUAGAUAUUAUAUUUACACUUCCUCUUCCAUCUUAAUAGACAGUCCAAGGUUCAGUGGUUUCUUUUUCCAUAGCGAAAUAAAAACAAGUCCUUAUAUAACUCACAUCUACACUGUGUCUUUGUGUCAGUGGGGAAGUCUGUAUCUUAAUAUUGAAAUGCUGAGUACAAAGAGAGUGUGUGUUAGUACAGAUGGUUAUUUACUGCAGAGCUGUCUGCAUGAACACCAGAGAAGAACCAGAUUCAAACCUGCAGGCUCAUUUCAUGUCUGUGUACAGAGUGAAGAGCUGCUGGAUUCAUUGUUUCCUCCAAAUGAAAGAAAAGUCAUUUUCAUGUGACAGAGCGACGAUGCAGUGGAGUCUGUUUCUGCUUCUUCUGAUGGGUCAGUGUGUCUUCAUCACAUGUCAGCUGUAUGAGUACCACUUUAUUAAAGAACAGAUGAGCUGGGAUGCAGCACGGGCAUACUGCAGAGAGAACCACACAGACCUGGCCAAAGUGUUUGACCUGACAGACAUGACAAGACUUCAAGACUCUGCACAGAGUCAAACAGAAGCCUGGAUUGGACUGUACAACAUCACAGGAGGAGACAACAGGAGGUGGCACUGGUCUCUGCCGGGGGAGGAAUACACUGAAAAUAAGACCUGUUGGAGAGCUGGACAGCCGAAUGAUUAUAGUGCAAACCCUGAGAACUGUGUGAUGACAGGAGACACGUGGGAAGAUUAUCCAUGUAGUGACAAAUUUCAGUUCAUCUGCUAUGACGAAACGAUGAAAGACAAUAAAACCUUUCAUUUGAUUGAGACGUCUGUGACCUGGACUCAGGCUCAGAACUACUGCAGACAGCAUCACACCGACCUGGCCAGUGGACUCAAUCAGAUAUACAGUGAAAAGUUUAAGAAUCUGCAGAACUCUAAAGCCUCUAAGGUGAACUUGUGGAUCGGCCUGUUCAGAGACAGCUGGAGGUGGUCAGAUGGGAGUAACUUCUCUUUCAGAUACUGGGACAUGGACUCAUUUAAUGAUGGACUAAACAACAGGAAAUGUGCUACGACUCUGUUAGAGAGAUCAGGAAGAUGGAGCUCUGCUGGAUGUGACCAAAGAAAGCCUUUCUUCUGCUAUGAUGAUAAACUGAUUCUGAUCAGGGAAAACAAAACCUGGGAGGAAGCCUUGAAUUACUGCAGACAGAAACACCAUGACCUGGUUUCAAUCAGCAACUCUGAGGAGCAGCGAUGGGUCCAGGAAAGAGCCAAAAACGCCUCGACUCCUUUCGUGUGGCUGGGACUGCGCUACUCCUGCUCUCUGGGUUUGUGGUUCUGGGUCAGUGACAAGCUAGUGUGCUAUGAGAGGUGGGCUUCAGGGGGAAAGACUGAAGACUUUAAUAUGUCUGCAGCCAUGACCACAGGAGGGCAGCACGAGUGGGUCAGUCAGAGGGAAAAUGAGACAUUUAAUUUUAUUUGUAUAAAACACUGAGGUUUAAACUUAAAGUCACUUCUUAGCUGCACAUGUAGAUUUUCUGGGGUGAACUCUGUGUUUCUGCUCAGUGUUUACAGUCUCUGGGUUUGAAAUGGGAGAAAAAUGACCAACAGAUUAUUACCUGCAGGUUAGAUAUGUGCAGAGAGCAGUCUGUGUUUCAUUUCCUCUCCUUUACCAGAGUCAGGAACAUCUUGGUUUCUUCCUUCACUGUUGCUGGAUUGGUUCAUUAUUAAACUGUAGCAGGAUAUUUGUUUUGAUUUAGUUCAGAUAUGGUGAUGGUUUUAAUGUUUCUGCUUCAUGUGCUGUAAAUCUUUGUAUCACAUCAUUGUAUCCUCAGCUUGAAUUACAAAGCCUGUCACUAAAAGCAGGUAAAACCAUGUUUGUGUCAUGAUUCCAUAUGAGCUCUAUAAUCUGAUCAUGUGUUCAUGAAGCCAAAUAAACCACUGUGUAAAUGCAAGAAUCUAAAUGACUUUUACACCUUAAUUUAACCAAGUCUGUCACUGUUUCAGCUUUCACAAGAGCUAAUACAAACAGCGCCUC